ACAAAAAAUCUUUUUAUUCUGGCAAAGGGCACCUCUUGGCAUUGCAGCAUUUUUCGUUUGAAAGCUACAGUCAUUCUGGUGAUUUCUGAUACCAGCAAUUAACAGGACGACCUUAAAGUUUGGUCUUACAUUAAACUAAGUAAUUUGUGGUUGAAGGAUGCUCGACUGGUAAAAAAAAAUUAUAUCUUCAAAUCUGGGUUCACAAAUCGAAAAUCGGAGUUCAUGGCAUCAGAGGUUAGAUUAUAAAAGAGUUUGAUACACCUUUUGGAAACAGGACUGAUUGAGAAUGGUGCCAAGAAUUCAUGAAAAUCGAGAAGACUGUUGCCGCAGUCUGCUUCACGAUGAUUCCGCGAAGAAUCAGUUUAGGCCGAAGCCUUCUUUUCUGAUCAGGAUUUUGAAAAGUUUGGGGUUUAUAAAGACGAUACUGAAAAGCGUUUCAUCAGAAUCAGCUCUUGGAGAUGCCAGUGACUGCGACGAGGACAAGAGAUCCGAUAGACUGAUAUCAGAUUCAGUGUCGUAUAAAGAACCCGAGAGAGCGAAAGAGAGCAACAACUUUGAAUCGUCGAGGGAGAGCCUCAGGGAUUAUGGGACGUUCUUGGAAAUAACAGAUCUAGACCCCCAGGACAAUUUAGCGUUGCAGAUUAAAGAAAUUGUUACUAAUAGCCCAGAAUGCACUUGCCCCCUUAUAAGCGACUGGGUAGCAUUGAAAGUCGCUAAAGAUAUCAUCGAGUCGGCAGAGGACGAGCCAUGCGGCCUGCAAGGGUGCAGGGUGAUACUGCACUUAGAAGAUAAAGUCGGGAGGAUCAAUCUAGGAGAGUUCAGUCCAAAAGACGGGUUCAUCUGCACAUUUGAAGUGCAUGUAGUGCUGCGUAUCAGGUCGGGGGGAAUUCGGUAUUUCAUCCCUUUCGUUGGGUGUAUGCCGCAAAGAAAGUUGGUCAGUGACAGUUAUUGUAUCAACAAACAAAAGCUGUACACUUGCAGUAGUAACUCAAGAGGACCGACGCCGGUGCACUUUUAGGGCGUCCUAGGUUCAUUUCUAGGACGUAAGCUGGUUAGUUGUUAGGACCAAAGUCUAUCACAAUAUACGUCAGUCCAUAAUUCGAUGCAAAAUAACUUUAUUUCUCAGGACAAAUGCAGAUUGUAUUUGCAGGACACGAGCUUUUUAAAGACCUGCUUCGCACCAUAUGACUUUAAAAGAUACCAAAGUACCUCGUCAUCGCUGAGAUUGUCGCAAGAUUUAUAUUUAGUUAAUUUAUUUGGUUAGAGGCUGUGCUGUGAGAUUAAAAGGGGCGCGUAGACCAUAUAUAAAAUUUAAACGAUAUAUUACACGGUCAGUUACUAAUCCACGUGUCUCGAUUUACGAGUCGAUUGCGACAUUUUUGUCACCAAACGACUGUCGAAAUAAGAGACUACAGGGAUGAAAUACAAAGCUAUUUUAUUGGAAAUUUUGAACUAAGUCCAGGACAGAGCUUUCAUAACUUGCUCGAAUAACUAGCCAUAUUGUGCUACUCAAACUGUGCUAUUAUAUAUUCAGAUAGGCCCGGCAGGCAAGUGGUAACUCUUUAUAAAUGAUAACAGCAAACUGUAGUAAGGGCUUUUGUGUCAGGCGGAUUUCAUGGAGCUGGCUCCCUUCGGCCUCACAAUAAAGCCUUUUGAUAUCUUGAGAUAGCACUUUAUCGUUAGUUUAAGUCGAUAAACCCAUUAUAGAGCACGUACAGGGCGUUUGUUAAUCUUGAAAAUGAGCUCUUCUUGGAUGAAAGCGCUGCCAAGAACCAUAUUAAAACAACCAGUAGACGGUCAGUGUGAUACGGAAAUGAGCGUAAAAUUAUCAUGGUGUUCGCAGAAUUAUUGCACAAAAAUUAGCCGCUAGGCAUCUCAAAAAUAUUCUUAUUGGUUAUUGUCUAGGGUAUUUAGUAACCUAAGGGUUUUUAUUCCAGUUAUUUAAAUUUAUGUCGUGUUUUGAGUACAUUGUUAACUAACAAAGAGAUCUAAAAGACCGUUUGAUCGCUAAAAAUGUUUCAGCCGAGUCUGAAUUUUGUUUAGCUAAAUCAUGCCAGGGCUUAGCAGCACCUAAGAAUCGUACGAGGGGGACAGGCAGGCAGUUUGUGAUAUCAUGGAAAAGAAUCAAGACAGUUGAUAUGUACUGCCAGCUAAUGCCAACAGUUUAGAGAUUAUGGUAGUAGUGUUACUGUCUUGAAAGAAAAGAGAUCAUCUAGAGAAAACCCAGGUUAAGACCCCUUAUCCUCUCAGGCUCGUUCUUUGGUGCUACUAGCCUUUGGUGCAAUUAAAAGCAAAGUAGCUAUUGAAAUAAAUAUUAUCGUUGCUCUUGUGGUUGUUGCAAAUAUUCGAUUCAUUAGAAGGUCCUUUCAGUCGAACCUUUCAUGUAUUUUGAAAGGCAUUCUGAUAUCAGACCGUGGGGAGAAUUUAUGAGCUUUGGCUAUCCUAUUUGUAUAAUUGGUGACACGAAUUCCCAGAUAACUCGAGAGGAAGGCAAGUUAUUCUUGCUCCUUUCUGUAAACUGCCCGCGCAGAAUAGGAAUCAAGGUGACUUCAAGCUGGUAAGUUCUCGCACUUUAUGGAAACCUAGAGCCCAACAGUUUCAACCAAAAUUUAAUGGCAGUUAGAAAUAUUAUUUAAAAACCAGGGAAUCUAAUCUACGUUUCAGAAAUGCAUUCGUAUGGUAGUAGUAAACGAUUUAUGUGAUAGGACCAAGAUCCUCUAUUUCACACAAUUGGCAUACAUGCAAUGAUUUAUUGGUCGUUUGAAUGAUAAAUGCAAUUCAGUUGGUCAAAAUAUGGCCAGCGUCUCAGGUGUCAAACCUUAGGCAGCAAUACUUAAGGGAAAUUUGCUAUUAUUAGUUAUCGCUGCGUAAUAGUUAUAUUUCUGUUCCAAUUCUGUUCUGCACUCGAAAGCGUUUAGGAACGCUAAAAAUCCUUAUUUUAAAACCCAAAAAUUAUUUCACGAGAUUUUGACAACUCAUCCACGUAGUAAUAAACAAAUGGAAAGUUGAUACAACUAAUGCAUUGAGUGUUGUAUUUAAUGUCUUUAUGUCAUGGAUAUCGUUAUUGCGAUAGAAUAUUUCGGGGAUUCUAGUUUAUAAUUAUCAUUGUUUAAAGUUACAAGAUUGUAUCAGCUAAUGGAGGUUUUGAUAUUUAAGCCAAAGUUUCUUAGCUGCUGCCCCUCAAGCCUGACCCAAGAUUAAUGGACUUCAGCAACUAGGUCGUAGGUCUUACUUGGUGGUUACACUGUUCUAUUAGCAAAAUUCACAACUUCCAAGUUUGUUUGGUCAGGACCAUGGCUUCAAUUGAAUGUUUACUCGUAAAUUUUUCAGGCGAAGGUAAAAUGGACCUAGUUGUAUGUACUUUUGCAAAGGAUCUCAAUAUGGGGCCAAAAAGCCGCGCCUGUGUAGUUGGUUAAGUUUCAGGUAAAAACCAUUGACUGGAUCAAUUUCACUGCCCAGUACAAAUUUAAUACCCCAUUUUACGCCCUUUAUCUCAGUCAUAUAAAUAUUAUCUUGUCAAAUUCUGAAAAUGAAGCUGUUGUUGCAGAGCGUUAGACUUUCCUAGAUGCGUUCAAGUAUUUUCAAUAAGUAGACUGCUUUGCAAGCUGUAAUUUUCCACUUUUUAGUUUUCUUUCUUCUAAGUAUUUCUUUAUUUUUCAGAAUGAAUCUUCUGUUUUUGAUGUUCUUGUUUUUGUAUUUUAAUUUACUAGUAGAAUCAGUUUGAGAGAUUUAUGUAACAAUUGUAUUUGGGAGAUAAUGAAUUAAAAUGAGUGGAAGA